AUGACCGACAAUGAUGAUGAGUUCGAAGAUGCUGAUGAGGUUGAUGAGCGCGAAUCUAGCCCUAGCAACAGGAACAUUCACAACCAAGCCCCCAUCAUGAUCCAUAUCGAUGCGUCCACAGCAAGAAAACAGCCAGGGCAUACCGUCCUCCAUGCCAAGGUCUACGGUGACGAUUUUGCGAUCAACUCAGCAACAUCGCCAGGCCAAAUUACGGACAUGGUGACCUCCAUCAUCACUGCUCUCAGAAGGGCCGGACUGCUCGACCCAACCGAAAACAGGUCCACGCCCGUAAAGGUCAGCAUCAACACGGGAAUAAUGGUCGAAGGGAGCCGGAACGUUAUCUGUGCAGGUACCUGCUCCCCUUCAGGUCAUUCGUUCGCGAAAAGGCAUCCUGGUCAGACGGGUAAAGUCGGAAACUCACAUGGGAUAGACAGAAAAAGACGGGCUGAGUCGGUUUGCUCUUACUGUGAAGCGCUAUCGUCAUCGUGCAACUAA